GGAAAUGUUAAGAGCGGGAGCGAUCCAGAGUCAAAACUGGCGAGUGGCGACCGUUUAGUCUCCCCCAUCCCGAAAGUGAUGUCUUUGAUGGUGGCCGCCUUCUUCGAUGCUUUAGUCGUCCCUUCUUCCGAAUUCCAGGAGUCUCGGAUCGUCGUUCUGGACUCGCCUCCAUCGGUUGGAGCGUCUUGCGAGGUGAUAGCUGGGUUUGGAGCCAACAGUUGGUGGCGGUGUUUCAUCUUCGAGUCGGAAUUAGGCCAUUUGUUUGCGGGUCUUAGAAAUAAGCAGUAGGGUUUGUCGGUUUAGAUAUUUGACUAGGGAUGGAAGUCACAAUUUUUUGCUGGUGGUGAUUUGUGUGUAUGCAUAUAGAAAGGGGCGAGUUAGAUCUAGAAAUUUGAGGAUUUGAAUGCUUAUAGUGGCGGGAUAAAAGCUAAGAUUCAAGUUGGAUUCGAUGGUUUCAGACUGCCGGAUCUGGAGGAAAAGAAAGUCAAGGUGUUUGUAUAAUUGGAGAUUCUGCGGGCUUUGAUUUUAUUAGGGAUGGUGAUCGGAAACAUUUUCCACUUCAAGGAGAGUUCCUGGCCUCCAGAAGAGUACGUCAAUAGAACCACAUUGAAGUUGUUGGAUUUUGAUGGCGGUGCUCCACCAAAAUAUGCAUGGAGGAGGAGGCUAAACAGUCACGCCAAUAGAUUGAAGGAAUUUAGUGUGACAUUUAUGGAGGCGGUUAGGAUGCUGCGACUUGGUGUUCGUCUUUGGUCAUAUGCUAGAGAAGAAGCUUCUCAAGGAAGGAAAGCACCAAUUAAUCCUUUCCCUAGAGAGAAAUGCAAACCCUCAGCUUCCCAAGGAGUACCACUUGGAGGAAUGGGAAGUGGGAGCAUUUCAAGAGGGUUUAGAGGGGAGUUCAAACACUGGCAAAUAAUUCCUGGUUCAUGUGAAACAUCUCCUAUCAUGGCCAAUCAGUUCUCUAUUUUUAUAUCCCGAGAUGGAGGAAACAAAAAGUACUCAUCGGUUUUAGCUCCAGGACAUCAUGAAGGUUUACGUAAAAAUGGUGACCUCGGCAUUUCCUCAUGGGAUUGGAAGUUGACUGGUCAACACUCCACAUAUCAUGCUUUGUUCCCCAGAGCAUGGACUGUUUAUGAUGGUGAACCAGAUCCUGAUCUCAAAAUAUCAUGCCGCCAGAUUUCCCCAUUUUUACCUCAUGAUUAUCGUGAAAGCAGUCUUCCUACUGUAGUCUUUGUUUAUACACUAGUCAACACUGGAAGAGAAAGAGCAAAGGUCAGUUUGUUGAUGACCUGGGCGAACUCUAUUGGUGGCAUAUCUCAUCAUUCUGGAGGCCACACCAAUGAACCUUUCUUAGGGGAGGAUGGCGUAGCUGGGGUCCUUCUACAUCACAAAACUGCAAACGAUAACCCUCCUGUAACAUUUGCUAUUGCUGCAUCUGAGACUCAGAAUGUGACUGUUACAGUCUUGCCAAAUUUUGGGCUUUCUGAUGAAAAUUAUGUCACGGCAAAGGAUAUGUGGGAUAUAAUGGUGCAAGAUGGACAAUUUGAGAGGGAAAAUUUCAAUUCUUCUUCCAGCAUGCCGUCUUGUACAAGUGAUACAAUUUGUGCAGCAGUUUCAGCGUCUACAUGGGUUGAACCGAAUGGUACAUGUACUGUCGUAUUUUCUGUAGCCUGGUCCUCUCCAAAAGUGAAGUUUCAAAAGGGAUGCACAUAUAACAGGAGAUAUACAAAAUUUUAUGGUACCUCUGAAAGAUCAGCUAUAAAUUUGGUCCAUGAUGCAUUAAAGAACUACAAGUGGUGGGAAGAAGAGAUUGAAAAAUGGCAAAAUCCAAUACUUCAGAAUGAGAAACUCCCUGAAUGGUAUAAGUUCACUCUUUUCAAUGAGCUCUAUUUUUUAGUCGCUGGAGGAACAGUUUGGACAGAUGGUGAAGCCCCAACAUUUGAGGAGGUAAACCGUAAUGACAACCAUCAUAAAUCCCCCAAAGGUAAACGCCAUAAAUCUGCACUUAAAGACAAGCAUGUCAGCUUUAUCGCAGAGAAAACUUCAUCAGUUAUUAAUUUAAACAACGAGAGAAUUUCUCCACCAAUUUCAAAACUAGAGGCAGAUGGUAAUGCUGCGCUUGGCGAUGAACCUGCAAAGGCUGAUCUUGUUCUGCAUCCACAUCAUGACUCCGAAAAUGUUGGAAGAUUUUUGUACUUGGAAGGGGUGGAAUAUGUCAUGUGGUGCACCUAUGACGUACAUUAUUAUGCUUCUUUCGCUCUUCUAGAUCUCUUCCCAAAGAUAGAGUUGAGUAUCCAGCGAGAUUUUGCAAGGGCCGUGCUGCAUGAGGACAGAAGCAAAGUGAAACUUUUAGCUGAUGGCAGCUGGGGAAUUCGUAAAGCCAAAGGUGCCAUUCCCCACGAUUUAGGAAUGCAUGACCCGUGGAAUGAGAUGAAUGCCUACAAUAUACACGACACCAGCAAAUGGAAAGAUCUCAACCCAAAGUUCGUUCUCCAAGUGUACAGGGAUUUUGCUGCAACAGGUGACAUCUCUUUCGGGAGCGAGGUCUGGCCUGCAGUCUGUGCUGCCAUAGACUACAUGGAACAGUUUGAUCGUGACAGCGAUGGCCUCAUCGAGAAUGAUGGAUUUCCUGAUCAGACUUACGAUAUAUGGACAGUUCACGGUGUCAGUGCUUACUGUGGCUGUCUAUGGCUUGCUGCACUUCAAGCAGCGGCAGCCAUGGCACAGCGCCUAGGGGACUCUGCUUUUGCUGAAAAGUGUAAGAUUAAGUUCUUGAAGGCCAAACCUGUCUUCGAGGCCAAGUUGUGGAAUGGCUCCUACUUCAAUUACGACAGCAGCUGCCGAUCCAUACAGGCUGAUCAGCUGGCAGGGCAGUGGUACACUGCAGCUUCAGGAUUGCCUCUGCUGUUUGAUGAAAGUAAAAUCAGAAGUACUCUUCAGAAAAUAUUUGAAUAUAAUGUGAUGAAGGUGAAAGGAGGGCGCAUGGGGGCAGUCAAUGGCAUGAACCCGAAUGGAACUGUGGAUGAGAGCUGCAUGCAAUCAAGAGAAAUAUGGACCGGUGUAACAUAUAGUUUGGCGGCCACCAUGCUGCUUCAUGGAAUGGAGCAACAAGCUUUUGCUACUGCCGAAGGGAUUUUCAUAGUAGGCUGGUCAGAGGAAGGAUUUGGGUACUGGUUUCAAACUCCUGAAGCAUGGACGACAGACGGGCACUAUCGGUCGCUGAUCUAUAUGCGACCAUUGGCUAUCUGGGCGAUGCAGUGGGCUCUAUCUCCUCCCAAGACUAUGCUCGAGGCCCCUAAUCUGAACAUGAUGGACAGGUUGCACACAUCAUCCCUUAACUCGAGUUCAACCCAUGAUGGCAGUGCCCGAAAUGUUUCGCAAAGAAGUUGUUUUGGCAAUGUUGUUUGCCACUGUGACUGUUGAUGGAACUUGACACAUCUUCCCUCUUUAUUUUGUUCACGUCUCCUCUUGGUAAUGUAAAUAUCUACAUCAAGCAUUUAUUAAGCAAUAAUCUUGAGUCUAAGCUCUCCUAUUCGAAAACUUCC